AUGGAGCUUCUCGACCUACCUCCCGAGGUCUUUCAGCGUAUCAUGCAGAAGUACGUUGCAAAGGCCGGACUAUGCGACGCGUGGAAGCACAGAGAAGUCUGCAAAACUUUCAAUGUCUAUAUCACCGUGGAGAUCUUCAAACACCAACCGAUGAAGGUGUACUCUAGCCGCCGAAACCGUGGUUUGUUCCGAAAGGGAUUGACUGUCUUCCUCGAAUAUCGCCUCGAACACUUAUACGGCGCGCAUGAUCUCCUUCCUUCGGCUGUACGCAUGGCCGUCGCCAAAAUCAUUGAAAUCACUCAAGAGACGUCUGUUAAAGAGCGUAUAGAGCUCAACAAGGAAGUCAUUGCUGCCGUCGUAAAGUUCUGGAAAAACGUACAUGUCGCCGCGAUCAAACCGUCCAAAUGCACGGAAACGGGUUGCUCCAAAGAUACAGAUGAUGCUCGUCUACUCUGUCUGGUGGUUGGCAUGGGAAGAUUAGACCUGACAAGGAGUGUGCUUAAGCACUGCACAGAUCCAUGGAGUGAGGCAUAUUGCUUGGGCUCUCCUGUCGACGUGGCCGUCCGUGCCAGGGAUCUAGCCGCCGUAGAAUUGCUCCUCACAGACACUAGAUCACACAAGCGCACGAAAUCUUCGAUUUUUUCACGGACAAUCGACAGAGUUUUUCAUGCGCAAAAGGACGAAUCAAAAGUAGACUUCUUGGAAAAACUUCUCUCCUUAUAUUGCACCUUCCUCGGCCGACCCCGUACGGAGUAUUGUAUUCGGUGGCUUGGAUAUGCCCACCAUCGAGGAGCCAUAAGCAUUUCCAGAAAGAUACUAGACAUGGGAUUCAACUCUGCCCUGGCAGCCGAAUAUCGCCCUUGUCUUUUUGAGUGGUGGGGUGAAAAACCAGAUCGGAUUACUAUGAAGCUGUUCGUUGAAAGGAAGGUUUUUGAUAUGGCCAAAACAUACACCUUCAGGAGUACACGGAGUGACUCUCUUCCUGUCAUGAAUGACGAAUCCGUGCUGUAUUACGCUGUCCGUCUCGGCGAUGCAGAUCUGGUACAACUCGCUCUCAGGUCCGGUGCAGACGCGAACGGUGCAAUUAAUUCCAGUGGGAUUCGCGAGUAUCCUAUCCGUCAAGCUAUCACAAAUUCGAACUGCGAAGCCAAGAUUCUUGAGCUCCUCCUUGCGUAUAACGCUGAUCUUAUCGGAGUCGACCCUUUCUUCGGUAAACAUAAUCUGGAGAAAUGCCAUAUUGAAUCUACGAAAAGAAAAUUGCUUGAGGAGGCUAUCAAACGCACCGACAACAAUUAG